AUGCCACCCAAGCCAGUGCCAUUCCCGGGAUUCACCCCCCUCUCAGACCGGGUGUACCUGCGCAGCGGCAACGAAAAUGCCAAAGCCGCGCCGCCAGACCAGCCCACAACAAUCGUCAUCUUCGGCUGGGGCGACGGCAUGCCGAAGCACGUCUCCAAGUACGCGGACGGAUUCCACGAGCUCUACCCAUCCGCUCGCAUCCUGGUCGCCAUCUCCAAGACCCUGCAGGCUUCAAACCAGCCGCUGAAUGAGCGCGUCCAGGCCAUGAUGCCCAUCAUCGACACCGUGUUCCCGACUCCGACGGGCGACGGUGGGAACGAGGAGCGCGUGCUGCUGCACGCCAUGUCGAAUACCGGCGGCAUCUUCGUCGCAGCGGCUAUGGUCGCGUAUCAGCAGCGGCAUGGCGCGGAUAAGAAGCUUCCGCAUGAGCUGCUUGUGUGCGAUUCCACGCCGGGCGGGCUGGUGUUCUCGGCGCAGGUGGGCCGCUGGUCGCGCGCUAUGGCGGUGGGAACGUCGAAGUUCUUCCCGUGGCCGUUUGUUGUCACACAGGCGCUGUGGUGGGCGUUCUUGUGGGGGAGUUAUCUGUUGGAGCGGAUGCGUGGCACGGAGCCCUCCGGUGCGUGGGCUAAUCGCGUGAUGAACGAGGAAGAAGUCACGACGAGGCAGUCUAGCAGGCUGUAUUUGUAUUCCAAGGAGGAUGAGAUCAUUGGGUAUGAUGACCUCGAGGAGAAUGUUGCGCAGGUUAAGACGCUUGGGUAUCGGGCCGUGGAUACGGAGUUGUUUGAGGGCUCGCCGCAUGUUGGGCACAUGAGAUUGCACCCGGAGCAAUAUUGGAAUAGAAUCGUCGAGUGCUGGAAAGCAGCGUUGGCUGCAAAAUAA